CGGUCCCGGUCCCGGUCCCGGAGGGAGAUGCCGGGCUGCCGGGCGGCCCCCGACGGGGCGGACGAGCGCGGGCAACUGGGCCAGCUCAACCGUCGCCUGGGCGCCUACGUGUCCCGCGUGCGGGCGCUGGAGGCGGACAACGAGCGGCUGCGGGCCGAGCUGCGGGCCGAGCUGCGGGGCGUCCGGGGCGGCGACGGGGCCCGGCGGGCGCGGCUGGACGAGCAGCUGGCGGCGCUGAGGGCGGCGCUGGGCCGCCGCUGGCGGGAGCGGCAGGAGGCGGCGCUGAGCCGGGCGGGCCUGGCCCACGAGGCGCGGGCGGUGGCCGGGCGCUGGCGGCGGGAGCGGCGGGCCCGGCCGGGGCGGAGCGGCGGCUGGCGGCGGGACGCCGGCUCCUGGAGGCGGAGCGAAGGGAGCGGGAGCGGCUGGGGCGGCGGGCGGCGCGCCUGGCCGGGGAGGCGGAGGAGCUGCGCCGGGCGCACCGGGAGGAGCGCCACCAGCUACGCCUUCGCCGAGCAGCUGAGCCUCGUGUGGCGCCAGGCGGCCGCGGGCUGUGAGCGGGCCGGCACCGGCACCGGCACCGGCACCGGAGCCGGGGCGACCCCCGGCCGGGCGCUGCAGGCCCGGCACCGGCUGGACCGCGAGCGGCUGGACCGGGAGCGGGGGGCGCUGCGGGAGCGGCGGGAGGCGCUGCGGGAGCGGCUGGACCGGCGCUGGACGGAGCAGAGAGCCGAGGCGGAGCGGCUGCAGCGGACCACCGAGGCCCUGGAGCAGGAGAAGGGGGCGUUGCGGGCGCAGAUCGCGCAGAUCCUGGAGGAUCGCCAGCAGCUCGUCCACCUCAAGAUGUCCCUCAGCCUGGAGGUGGGCGCCUACAGGACUCUCCUGGAGAUGGAGAGCUCACGGUGGCAGGUGCCCUUCUUGGACCCCAAACCAAUCAACGGUUUCUACCUCGAGUCUGAGCUGGAGAGGAGCCGCGGCUCGGGCAAGUUCCUGACGGCCGACAGCCGGAGCCUGGACCCCGGCCCCUCUCUGUCCAACUCCUUCCCUGCUUCUGUGGUCCCUGCUACCGGAGCCUGGGGCCUACCCCGGGCCAGCACCCCGCUCCCCCUGGGACAACUGGAGCUGGAGACCCCGGGGACUGUGGGGCUGGAGCUGCCAGGCAGGGCGGGGUGGAGCGUCAUGGAGGAGGACCAGGAGGAGAUGGCAGGGGAGGAGGGAAGAACACAAAUGGAACCGGAACCCCUGAAGAAGAGCGCAGAGGGACCCAAACUUCUAGAAACAGCGGGUACUGAGGAAACCAGAACCAUGGACAAGGCGGAGGAGGAAGAGGAAGAGAGGGGGGAGGAGGGGCUGGUCGUGGUGGCAGGGGAGGAAGGAAGGACUCAAAUGGAGCUAGAACCAGAACCUCUGGGAAAAAACCCAGUGGAAUCCAGACCCCCAGAAACAGCAGACCUUGGGGAGACUGAAGCCAUGGAUAACAUGACCAGUGAGGAAGAGGAGGAAGAAGAGGAGGGGGAAGCAGUGGAGGAGAGGACUCAUAUGAAACCAGAGCCGGAACUCCUGGAGGAAAGACCAGAGGAAUCCAGACGGCCAGAUAAAGCAGGUCCUGACUGGGCUGGAGCUGAGGAGGAGGAAGGGAAGGAGGAUAAGGUUUUAGUGGUAGAGGCUGGUCAGGAAAAGAAGGAAAGGCCCCAAACGGAAUCCGAGCCAGAGCCCCUGAAACUGAAUUUAGUAGAAAACAGAAACCCAGAAACAGCAGGCCCAGGGGAGGAUGGAGCUGAGGAUGAGGAGGCUGAUGAGGAGGAGGAGAUGUCAGUGUCAGAGGGGAGGUCCCGAUUGGAGCCAGAGCUCCUGGAAGUAUGCUUGGUGGGCUUCAGACCCCCAGAAAAAGCAGACCCUCGGGCCGCUGGAACCAAGAAUGAGGAGGCUGAAGAGAAGGCAGAAGAGGAGAUAGAUGAGGUUGUAGUGGCAGAAGUUGGAAAGGAAGAAAAGGGAUCCCAAAUAGAGCCAGAGCCCCUGGAAGUGAACUCGAUGAGUUCAAGACCUCUAGGAAGAGCAGGGCCUGGGUGGGCUGCAGUUGAGAACAAGGAGGCUGAGGAAGAGGAAUUCGGGGAGGAGGAGAGGAGGACCCGAAUGGAGUUGGAGCCAGAAUACUUGGAAGCCAGCUUGGUGGGUUCCAGAUCCCCACAGAUAGGAAAUCCUGAGGAGGCCAGAGGUUUGGAUGACCAGGUCAGUGAGGAGGAAGAAGAGGAGGAGAGGGCCCAAGUGGAAUCAGAACCAGAGCCUUUAGAAGGAAUCUCGAUGGGCUCCAGGCCCCUAGAAACAGCAGACUGUGGCCAAGUCAGAGCUACAGAACACAAGGCUGAUGAAGAAGGAGGGGUGGCAGCGGAGGGAAGGACCCAGAUGAAGUCAGAACCCCUGGAGGAGAGAUGGGUGGAAUCCAGACCCCCAGAAACAGCAGGCCCUGGCUGGGAUGGAGCUGAGGAGGAGGAGAUGAUAGUAGCAGAGGCUGGACAAGAAAAGAAGGGAAGGUCCCAAAUGGAAUCAGCACUAGAGCCCCUGGAAAUUACCCUAGUGGGAAACAGAUCCCCAGAAAUGGCAGGCCCUGGCUGGACCAGAGCAGAGGGCAAAGAGACUGGUGAGGAGGUGGAGGAAGUAGGAGCAGCAGAGGCUGGACAGGAAGAGAAGGGACGGACCCAUGUUGAAUCGGAGCCAGAGCCUCAGGAAAUGAACUUGUUGAGAAACAAGCCCCUGGAAACAGCAGGUCCUAGGGCAGCUGAAGACAUGCAGGCCGAAGAGGAGGAAGAGGAGAUGUCAGGGAUAGAGGGGAGGAUUCCAAUGGAGCUGGAGCCAGAGUCCCUGGAAACAAGCUUGGUGGGCUCCAGACCUCUAGAAACAGCAGGUCCUGAGGAGGACAAAGUCAUGGGCAACCAGGCCAAUGAGGAGAGGGAGGAGAAAGAAGAAGAGGAGGAGGAGGAAGAAGAAGAGGAGAGGGCCCAAGUGGAAUCAGAGUCAGAGCCUGUGGAAGCAAUCUUGGUGGGCGCCAGACCAGCAGAAACAGCUGGAGCUGAGGAUGAAGCUGGUGAAGAGAAGAAGACAAAGAAGGAAAUGCAGGUGGAGAAGGAAGAGGCAGAGAUGAGGCCCGCAGCAGAGCUGGAGUCCCUGGAGGAAAACUUGAGGGGAACAGACCCCCAAAAAACAGCAGCGCUGGGGGAGGUUAGAGCUGAGUACAGGGAGGACGAGGAGGAGGCGAUGGUGCCAGCAGCAGCCCAAAUAGAGCUGGAAUCCCUGGAGAGGAACUCAGUGCGAAUAGACCCCCAAGAAAGAAUAGCCCUGGAGGAGGUUGGCGCUGACGAGGGGGAGGAUAAUGAGGAGGAGAUGGGGCCAGCAGCAGAAGGGACAGCCCAAAUACAUCUGGAGUCCCAGGAGGAGAACUUGGGGGGAACCAAAUCCCCAGACACAGCAGCCCUGGGAGAAGUUGGAGUUGAGGAUGGGGAAGUCAUUGAGGAGGAGGAGGUGAUGCCAGCAGCAGAAGAGACAGCCCAAAUGGAGCUGGAGUCCCAAGAGGAGAACUCUGGGGGAAUCAAAUCCCCAGACACAGCAGCCCUGGGGGAAGUUGGAGUUGAGGAUGGGGAAGUCAGUGAGAAGGAGGAGGUGAUGCCAGCAGCAGAGGAGACAGCCCAAAUGGAGCUGGAGUCCCUGGAGGAGAACUCGGCAGGAACCAAAUCCCCAGAUACAGCAGCCCUGGGGGAAGUUGGAGCUGAGGAUGGGGAGGUCAGUGAGGAGGAAGAGAUGAUGCCAGCAGCAGAAGAGAUGGCCCAAAUGGAGCUGGAGUCCCUGGAGGAGAACUUGAGCGGAACCAAAUCCCCACAAACAGCAACUCUGGGGGAAGCUGGAGCUGAGGAUGGGGAGGUCAGUGAGGAGGAGGAGGUGAUGCCAGCAGCAGAAGAGACAGCCCAAAUGGAGCUGGAGUCCCUGGAGGAGAACUCAAGGGGAACCAAAUCCCCAGAUACAGCAGCCCUGGGGGAAGCUGGAGCUGAGGAUGGGGAGGUCAGUGAGGAGGAGGAGGUGAUGCCAGCAGCAGAAGAGACAGCCCAAAUGGAGCUGGAGUCCCUGGAGGAGACCUCAAGGGGAACCAAAUCCCCAGAUACAGCAGCCCUGGGGGAAGCUGGAGCUGAGGAUGGGGAGGUCAGUGAGGAGGAGGAGGUGAUGCCAGCAGCAGAAGAGACAGCCCAAAUGGAGCUGGAGUCCCAGGAGGAGAACUCGGGGGGAACCAAAUCCUCAGAUACAGCAGCCCUGGGGGAAGCUGGAGCUGAGGAUGGGGAGGUCAGUGAGGAGGAGGAGGUGAUGCCAGCAGCAGAAGAGACAGCCCAAAUGGAGCUGGAGUCCCAGGAGGAGAACUCGGGGGGAACCAAAUCCCCAGAUACAGCAGCCCUGGGGGAAGCUGGAGCUGAGGAUGGGGAGGUCAGUGAGGAGGAGGAGGUGAUGCCAGCAGCAGAAGAGACAGCCCAAAUGGAGCUGGAGUCCCAGGAGGAGAACUCGGGGGGAACCAAAUCCCCAGAAACAGCAGCCCUGGGGGAAGUUGGAGCUGAGGAUGGGGAGGUCAGUGAGGAGGAAGAGGUGGCGGAGAUGGAGGAAAGGGUUCAAAUGAAGCUGGAACCAGACCUGGAAAAGAGAUUGAUGCGAUCUAGACCUUCAGAAUCAGCAGGGUUUGGGUGGGGAGGAGCUGAAGUCCAGGAGACUAGUGAAGAAGAGGAGGAGGCAGCGGUGGAGGGAAAGACUCAGGUGAAACUGGAACCAGAGCCCUUGGAAGAGAGAUCAGUGCAAUUCAGAUACCCAGAAACAGCAAGCUCCAGAGGGGCUGGAGCUGAGGAAGAGGAGACCACAGCCGAAGAGGAGGAGGCAGAGGGACUAAGGCAGACUCGGGGGAGUCCCACAGAGUUCGGGGAGGAGAUAGGCAGUGGAGCGGUAGGUAGGACGAGCUCCCAGCCUGGGCCGGAGGUAGGAGGGAGCGGGGCUGAAGGGUGCCCAGCUGGGAAGGUGGACUGGUUGGAGGUUGGCACAGACCCCUUGCCCCUGGGGGCCCAACCAGGGGUUCCCCUGCCCCCUUCCCAGAGCCCUAGACCUGAUGACAGCAUGGGGGGUUUCACCUGCCUCCACUUGCCCGGGGACCCAGGGGAGCCACCCACAGCAACACCCACCUCGGACCAAGACGGAGGGGACUCGGACGGCUUCGCCGCUGAUUCUGAGGAGGAGGAGAGUGAGGAGGGCGAGGAGGGAGGGGAUGGUGGGUACCCGGGAGGUGCGGCAGUGGGGGACUCUGACGCUGAUAUAGCCCGGGACAGCUUCAGUGCUGCCUCCUCCUCCUCUUCUGACUCCCCCAACGGCGUCAGAGCCGGGCCACAGAGAGCCCUGCCGUUCAGCCCGGCCGGGGAGGUCUUCAACGGGGCCGGGCAGCUGGGGGGAUGGGACCCGGAGCCUAAGGGGCCGUGGCUCCCCUCCCUGAUCCGCCCUGGGCUCCCUCGGAGGGACGAAGGCGAUUCCUGGUCCUCCGAGGAUGAUUGAAGUGGGUGUCUCCUGCAGCUGAAAUCCCUCGUCCCUCACCUGAUGUUCCCCCCACCCAACCGCUCUCCUCACCAUGGCACCUCAGACACCAGCAAAGACGGAGGUCUGGGUCUUGGGGGCCAUGCCUGAUCCCCCCGCUGUGGUGUCCGGGUCGGUGUGUGUGCUUUUUGUGUGCAUAGGACCAGGGGACCUAGAUUCUGAAAACUGGCCCUUCCCCACCCUCCCUCUUCUCUCCCCUUUGGUGUGCCGAAAGGAUGGAUGGCUUGAACUCAUGGCCGGUCGAGGAUGCUAGGCCCAUGGGCAGCUGAACACGUGGACCUUGAGUGCCCCCAAAAGAUCACUGGACAGAACUCUGUCCCUGACUCCAUGGCCUAGUGGUCCAGAACAUAUCUCUCACCUCCUGGGCGGUAGGAGGCUGUGCAUAUAGAAUGACCCACUGCAAGUCUUGGGCAACCGAGAGAACCAGUCAGAUGCCCUGCUGGGCUUAUUAUUCUUUCUGGGGGGUAGGGGAAUUCCUCUGAUCUGAUGUGAGUCUCGCUCCUCUCUCCCCCCUCCCCCACCCACCUCCAAUCCCAAACCCUGUCACGCGAGAGAUUUACCAAAUAACCCAGGGCACCCUGCUUUCAUGCAAUCCAAACCUGGCUCAAAAAUCUUUCGGAAUGCUCUAAAAUGUUCCUAGGCCAAUCUAGGACCAAACACCAGACAGCCAGCUGCUCCCUGACACCAAUCCAAAAACGCUCCCAGACCU